AUGAUGCUUUCUCAACUGUUCACAAUAUCGGCUCUUCUUUUGGUUGGGGUCACGACCGUUGCUAUAGGAUCACCGGUGAAGAAGACUAUCGAUAUAGUUGGAGUUCCGGGUGUUCCCCAAUGUCCGGAUAACCGAUUCCCCAAUUUGAUGUAUUCCUUCUGCUUUACCGAAGAUAAGAUUCGGUCUGUGUGCGAGUCCAGCGGGACUAACGCGACGAACGACGUUGAUUGCCCCGAGGAAACUACCUGCGUGGAUCUUAUAGCCAAAGAUCUAUCCCCCUAUGCAUAUUGCGCCCCUAAAGAUAACACCAAGCGUUGGAGCAACGGUCACGAUGAUGGCAUCGUCUGCACCGAUGAAUUUGUAAUUAAUAAUGCCAAUGGGUUAAUAACGAUGGGGGUCACCAUAUAUGAUGUCAACCGCAAUACAAUUCAGGUUGACAAAAUAUACUUUUACAAAGUAGAAUCAUCGUCUCAGAUCAAGUAUACUGCCCAAAGCCUAUCCCUGAUUGUAGAUUACAAGGGUGAAAAAUUAAAGGCGUGUCUGGAAACUGGUACAGAUAACACAGUGUGGGGUGUGACUGGCGGACUUGCCGGGAGUCUUUAG